AUGGGAACAAUAUCGAAUAUGCUAAAUUGUGCGGAGCGCCUGUGGGAUUGGCGAUCUCUCAAAAAACUUGCAGUUAUUCAUGGAAAAGAAAAAAAUUGUCUAAAUUCUUGCACCUCGAGUUUUGCCUCAAGGGCUCCUUUUUAUCAAGAGGAUAAGACUACGGUUGAUGGUAUUGAGAUUAUCAAAGAAGCCAAGAAAAUAAUGGAGCAAAAUAUAUCUCAAGCCCCCAAGCUUGGACUUGAUUUUAGAUUUGGGCGUGUGCCUUACCCUGAUUCUUCGUUUGAACAAAAAAUUAUGACAAGUGCCAGGAUUAUCAGCGUAAAGUUUCAAAUUAAUUUAUCGCGGCCAGGCUAG